AUGGACUCCUCAGAACUUUACAAUACCAAGCAGCAGUUUCUCCUUGGAGCCUAUCAAAGUGUCAUCGACCUGACCCUACCCUCGCCCAACUCACCGGAUUACACACUGAUCCUCAUAUAUAAGGCCCGCGCGUACAUCGCCUCAGACAAGCCCGAAGCUGCGCUUGCCAUCAUCCCCGAGUCUGAGAAUGUCGCCCUGAAGGCCGUGGCUGCGCUCGCGCGGUACGUCGGUGCGGCGGACGCAGCAGCACAGGAAACAGUCCUCGAGGAGCUGCGGGAUCUGUGCGUCGAGAUUGAGGGCGAGGAAGUUGAAGGCGACGCCAGGGACCGAUGGCUCGUGCGCGUAAUCGCGGGGACGGCGUUCGCCCGGGCAGGUGAGGUCGAGGAGGCCCUCGAGACGCUAUGUGCGGGCUCGAACAAAGAGAAUAUGGAGGCAGUCGCAAUUACCGUGCAGGUGUACCUGUCUAUACAUCGCCCCGACCUUGCGCGCAAGGAGUUCGAGAGCGCGAAACGCUGGUCUGAGGACGACCUGCUUCUGCAGCUCAUUGAAGCGUCAAUAUCGCUCGUCACUGGCAGCGACGGCUAUUCGGACUGCAACUCGUUCUACACCGAACAGCUCGCAAACCCGUCACUCUCGUCGCCGCAUCUAUUCACGGCUCGUGGGGUAACGAGGAUACUUCAGGGCGAGAUCCCGGCAGCGAAGUCGGAUUUGGAGGAGGUGCAGACGAAGGAUGCCGAGACCCUCGCCGCUUUGGUUGUUGCUGCCGGCUUGAGUCGUGAAAAGGGGGGCGAGGCGGAAGCAGAGCAGCUGUGGAGGUACAUUGCUACUUUGUGUUCUUCAGAACGAGACUUACAUUUCUGUUAA